AAAAUAUUUUAGAAUAAAAUAAAAAGUGUAAAAAAAUAUUUUAAAAUUUUUAAUAUUUUUUAAAAUAAAUAAUUAAAUUAAAAGUCACGGUGCAUCUUUGAAAUGAUGACCAAAAUUCGCAACAACAAAAAAUUCGCUUAAAAGACAAGUCAACAACUCAAAAUUUAUCAUAACAACAUUAAAGUGCAAUAAAAAAAGAUAAAAACUAUUGUCGUGACUGAUAAGAGAAAAAUUUAACAAAGUGCUCUUAUGAAGUGACAACAAAAACACGUGUUUGACACGCAAUUAAGAGGAAUUUAAGAAGACUUGAAAAUAAAAUUGGAAAAUUUCAUCAAAUGUCUCAAUAUUCUUUGAAAAAAUGAAUAUUUUUGCAAAUUUAAUGAACAUUGUCGUCAUCUUGCUGAGCAUUGGCGUCACAAAAAGCUAUCAAGCGAAUUCUGAUCGACCAGAAUGUGCCAACAUUACCUGUCUCGCCUUAGCAGACACCAAUCAAGGACAACAAAUCCUCGAAAUCGGUGAGAAAAUCGUUCUCAAUACCACAGGAUGUUGUCCAAAACUACAAACCAUCUGCGACACGAAAGUUUGCCCGAAACGACCCUCAAGUUGCGCCAACAAACUCGCCGAAAUCGAAGUUAUUGAAGGUCGUUGUUGUCGCACUUAUCGCUGUCUUGAUCCCGUGGACAAAUGUCUCAUCGAACUUGGACCCGAAAAACUCAUUCUUAAUUCGGGCGAAGUAAUUCCCGAUCCCUUUGAUCCAUGUGUUCGUCACGAAUGCAAAAAAGAAGGCCAGAAAUCGAUCGCUAUCACCACACAAGAAUUUUGCGACGAAAACUGUCCCGCGGGAUACUUUUACAAAAAAUCCGAGACAAAAUGUUGCGGAAAAUGCAUUCGUGCUGGAUGCCAAUUAGACACGAAAUUCUAUUCUGUCGGUGAAAACUGGAAAUCUGACGAUAACUGCACAAUUUUUGAAUGUUCAAUAACCGAAAGUGGUUUGUACCAAAUUUCGUCGUUCCAAAAGUCGUGUCCUCCGAUGAGCAAAACGUGUCCAAAGGAGAGCCAAUUCAUGAGUGGAUGUUGUUUGUACUGUAAUGAAACAGCGAUUAAAGAAAAGUUGGAAUAUAAUCCGGGACAAGCGCCUUUUAGUGAGGCGGAAAAUGAUGAAAGACAUCCUUGUAUGAGAGAAUGCAUCGAAGGCGAAACCAAAACUUGUAAUUACACUUUUGUCGUUGAAUGGUAUGAAACACUCAGUAAAGCGUGUUACGAUUGUCCUUAUAACGCGACGGAUUGCGAGAGACCGCAUUGCAUUGGAUCCGAUGGAGCUCGAAGAUCUGUUGUUGUCAUUAAUCGGAUGAUGCCAGGACCCACAAUUGAUGUAUGUUUAGGUGACACAAUUGUCGUUGAUGUAAAAAAUCACUUACUUGGCGAAAGUACGACGAUGCAUUGGCAUGGCUUGCAUCAAAAGGAAAAUCCUUAUAUGGAUGGAGUUCCUCACAUUUCUCAAUGUCCCAUUCACCCGCAUGCCACUUUUCGAUACAAAUUCAAGGCAGAUAAUCCUGGAACGCAUUUCUGGCACAGUCAUACAGGAAUGCAACGCGGUGACGGCGCCUUUGGAGCUCUAAUCAUCCGACGUCCCGUAACAUCAGAUCCUCACUCAAAAUUAUACGAUUUUGACCUUCCCGAGCAUAUUAUGUCACUCAACGAUUGGGCUCACGAACCCGGUGUCUCCAUGUUUUCAUCGCAUCAUCACUCCAUGGGUGACAACAAACCCCCAAAUUUGCUCAUUAACGGCAAAGGACGCUUUUAUCAACGAACUGAAUUAGAACAGGAUGCAAGUACUGUCAAUAUUGUCACUGAAAAACCAUUUAGCACAAGCGAAAUUGUUGAAGAAAGUACCGAACCUGAAUCUACAACUCCUAUUUUUGACUCUUUUGAUCAAUCUAGUAAUCGGCAAAAGCGUCGCCAACGAAUUUCCGCCCCAAAUGAACUUUCGCCGUUUGAAGACGUUCCAGAACCAAGAAAAACGGGUCAUCACAUCAAACGCGAACGUGUCCUUCUUGCGUCGGAAGAAUCUAAAUUCAUGCCUUUGGAAAUUUUUCACGUCACUCGCAACUUCAGGUAUCGAUUCCGUGUCAUCAACGCUGGUUUUCUCAAUUGUCCCAUCGAAAUUUCCGUUGAUGAUCACAAUUUAACAGUUAUCGCUUCAGACGGUUUCGAUUUGGAGCCUCUGGAUGUCGCUUCUCUCGUUGUAUAUGCCGGCGAGCGUUUCGAUUUUGUCCUUCAUGCAAACAAAAAAGUCGAAAAUUACUGGAUUCGUUAUCGCGGGCUCAUGGAUUGUGACGCCCGGUUCACGUCAGCGCAUCAAGUUGCGAUUUUGCGAUAUAAAAAUGCCCCGUUAGAAGAUCCAGAGGAGGAACCAACGUACGAUUAUGUCAGAGAAGGGCUGCAAUUGAACGCUUUGAACAAGGGAUCUGGCGAAGAAACGACAAAAACUAUGGCGGAAGUAAAUGCGUUGGAUGAAGAUCUUCCGGAACUGCUGAAACCCGAACCUGACUACAAAUUUUACGUUUAUUACGACUUUUAUGAGAAAGAUAAUCCGCAUUUUCAUCUCGCCGGGCAAUACGGAUUCACGCAAAUCGAGCAUAACAACAGUCGGGUGUUGACGCCGCAAUUAAAUCACAUUUCCAUGAAGAUGCCAUCGCUUCCGUUGAUGCCGGCGCAUAACCAGCUCGACGAUUCCAAGUUUUGCAAUGAAAGCUCACUCGCUGCGAAAGGCAUUGAUUGUCGCACGGAGUUCUGUGAAUGCAGUCAUGUGUACCAAGUGAAGCUCAAUUCAGUCGUCGAACUGAUUCUCAUCGACGAAGGUUUCGCGUACGACGCUAAUCACCCAUUUCACUUGCACGGAUACGGAUUUCGGGUAGUUGGCAUGGAACGAAUCGGCAAAAAUGUCACCGUUGAACAGAUUAAAGCUCUUGAUGCUGCGGGAAAAAUUGAACGUCGCUUGAAAAAUGCUCCAAUUAAAGACACAGUUACGGUUCCGGAUGGCGGUUAUACGAUAGUGAGAUUUUUAGCUAAUAAUCCGGGAUAUUGGUUGUUACACUGUCAUAUCGAAUUUCACGCUGAAAUUGGAAUGGCUUUGGUAAUUAAGGUGGGAGAAAAUAAAGAUUUUGUUCCAGUUCCUCAGGGAUUCCCAAAAUGCGAGGAUUAUAUGCCAGAAAAUGAUGACAAAACAAGUAAAGCUACUUUAACGCCUGUGACUUCGAUCGGAAGUCUUAUUGUGAUAUUUUUACUUUUAAGGUUUAUGUAAAAAAAAAUUGGUACUUAAAGCAAGUGAAAUUUAAAAAAAUUUACAUUAUUUUGAACUGCAAUAUAAAAAAAAUUAAAAUUUUUAAUUAAAUAAUUAAUUUUUGAGAAAUAUUAA